UCCUUCUCUUGACGAUGACUUCCUCUCCACACCAUUCGUUUUAGGACACAUGAAUUGACAUCAGAGAUAAGGGAUUUGAGCUCCAAAACUCAGGAGCUCUCACUCUCUUGUCGGCCCAGAGAGGUUUCAACCCACAAAACGCAGAAGAUCGUUUUUGUUGCAGGUUGGAACUUGGAAGGAAUGAUGGCAGCUUAAUCGGUCGGAUCGAUCAUUUAUCACCAAUCCUACUUUCCCUUUCUGGAUUUCCUGAUUUCGUUCAUCCGAUUGCGAAACAGUGGUCGGACCAUUUGGUUCGUUCGUUACAGAUCCCUCUCCACUACCCAUCAUUGGCUGUCGCGAACUUUACCUUCUGUAACCUCAAGGUUCCACUUUGUAAAAGACAAAAUCGCAGCCUUUGUUUGGUCUGGCUCUUCUGCUUUCCAUUCUCCGAUUCUCCGAUUCUCCUUACUGUUAGUUGUGACUUCAAACUAACUUUCAAAGGUCCUCUCUCUCUCUCUCUCUCAAUGCUUAUAAGAAGUAAAUACAGCAAUGUGAGACACCCUUCUUCAUUAUUGGGAUGAUGAUUUCGCUUUCAUUAAUCAAAUACUGGAGGUUGUUUUCUUGGUAAGUUGAAAGCUCUUGGGAGUACUGACUCAUUCUGUUAUUUGAAUGUGAUGAGGGAGCAAAAAGGACUAUAGCAGGUUGGAAACAAUGGUGAAAUGUAGCAGGUGUUGCUUGCAUUGCUCAAUGAAGAUGGUCAACCUAGUAGUCAUCUUAUUUGGGGUUGUGAUUAUUGUUUACUCUCUUUGGCUGUUGAAGAGGUGGGAUGAAGGAAUUAGAGAAAAGUGUUCUAGAUCCACUAUUCCUAAACCAUGGUUCAUCUACACAAGUCUGGGUGAGGGAAUUGUUGUGUGCUUGAGCAUGCUCUCUGGCCACAUGGUUGCUUGCCGUAUCAGUUCUUGCACUCUUUUAACUUACGUAGCAUCUGUUUGCUCCCUUCUUUGCCUUCAAACGGUGGCAUUUAUUUCUAUUUUCUACAAGAUUGACUGGAAUGAAAAAAUCUCCAAAUACAUUGAUGUACAAGAUGAGAUAUUUGGCAACUUUCUGAGAUUGAACUUUACUGUUUCUCGCGUGCUCUUGAUUGUGAUCUUAGCUGCACAGAUCAAUGCUGUUAUAGUUGCAUUCAUUCUAUGGGCCACUGGACCAGAACCAAGGAGUAGUCACUGUCGCAUUUCCGACUUGCCUGAACUUAAGCAAUCCUUUCUGGUGUUACCUGACUCCCCUGUUCAACUUAGUGGAGGGAGUUCAAUUGGAAGGAAUUUUGAAGCUUAGCAAUGAGAAAGGGAAAGGAUAAAUCAUAAUUCCACUAACUAUCUACUUUAAUGACAAAGAAAAGCCUCAUUUAAACAA